AUGUCCUGCAUAUCAACAACAAUCCUCCUCCUCCUCACCAUCUUCACCUCCUCCAUCCUCGCCCGCCCUCCAGACAUCACCUUCCUCUGCAACGAAAUGCCCGAAAUCUGCACCAACAUGUGCUGGGCCGUCCGCUGCGCCCAGCCGUCGUUCCCCCAGACAUUCUCUCUCGGCCUCAACCCCUACGGAUACGGCUCCUCCAACAAAACGCACAUCUCCGCCAGCUGCCGCGCCAACGACCUGUGCGGCACCCAAGGCUUCAACAAAACGGGCCAUCGCGGCGUUCCAAACUGCGCCUGCAACGCUUACCCUCUGUCCGUAACCUUUGAAGACGCUGCGUUUCCUCCGCUUCCCCAGCACCACCGGGUCUCGAGGUGCGUGCCUGAAGAGGAGCAGUGCAUCCAGCGCAGCCAGCUGGAGCUCUUUGCGAAGCGGCUGCGCCAGCGGAGUGAUCGGCAAGGCAUGCGUCAGCUCUCCAUCAACUUUGGCAAUCCGGGCGGCAUCAAGUACUGCAACAACGACCCCUGUGUCAACGACGGAUUCGAGGUCCAGGACGGCCGUGUCAGGAGAAAGAGUCGGCGUUCCGAGGCGCCCAUGUUCACCUACUACAAGACAAAGUCCGGCAUCAUCGUCGCCUCGCUUGAAGACAUGGACAUGCCGUCGCCGAUUAUACGCCGCGUGGGCAGUGGUGAACCGGUUCCUCCUAGCUUCAGGACUUGGUUUGAACGGGCUCACGAGGAGACGGUGCACAUGAUGGAGGAUACCAUCGUCCGGCGACUGUCGGACCAAUCAGUCGGUGUCUAUGAUGGUUGA